UUUUGCUCUACCAUACUUUUAAGUGAUUUCAAAUUAAUAUUUAUAUUUUAUUAAUAAUACGUAUGAUGUUUUUUACAUUUGUUUGAGAUUAAAAACAAAUGUAUCAUUUAGUAAAAUAAUUUUCAUUCACACGAGAACUUUUCGUGCGAAUAAGAAUCGUAAUCUUACAGUUUAUUUUAAAAAGAUGAAUAAAAUGAAGGAAAUAUGUAGAACUUGUCUCUUAGAUACUGGUGAGAUGCGUUCCCUUUUUGCCACUGGAACGAUUUUGGGAGAAACGGCACAGUUAUUAGAUGUAAUAUUAACUUGCGCAAGUUUAAAGAUUGAAAAGGAUGAUGGAUUACCACAACAAAUAUGUGUGAAAUGUAUUCAGCAAGUCAGUCGAGCAUUUUCAUUCCGAAGACAAUGUGAACGAAAUCAAGAUAUUUUAUUAGAACAGUUAAAGGAAAGCCUUAAAAAAGAGCCUAAUAAUGAUGGUGAUUUAAAUCAAGAUUUAGCCAGCAAUGAUAUGAUUGAAGAAAUAGUUGUAGAAUCUACAAAUGAAAGUGUGAAAUCAGAGCUUGAGUCUGAUAUAGAAAAUUCUGUUGAAAAGCCUGUUCCAAUAAUAGUUACCAAAAUAAAUAAAGUACCUGUCAGUACCUCAGUACUCAGUAAAAAUGUAGUAAAUAAUUCACAUAAAUGCAAAACCUGUGGAAAAUCAUUUAAAAGGCUUUCUAGCUUUAGGAUACAUUUUUUGCAAAAACAUCGUGUUAUAACUAAUAAGUUAAAAUGUACAAUAUGUGAAAAGGUUUGUAGAACAGAAGAACAAAUGAAACGUCAUAUGAACGUGCAUGAGACUGGAAAACCUUUUAAAUGUGAAACUUGUUCUAAAUCUUUUCAACAACGUGCUGCUUACGUUGCUCACACUUACUCACAUACAGGAGAGCGACCAUUCUUAUGUACUGAAUGUGGAAAAUCAUUUAAACAAAAUAGUGAAUUAAAAAUUCAUAUGAGAAUGCAUCUUGACCUUAGGCCCUACACUUGUACUGUUUGUGGAAAAGCCUAUCGUAACAGUAGUCUGUUUUCUAUUCACAAACGGGUUCAUAGUGGUGAACGACCCUUUGCUUGUACUUACUGUGAUAAGAAAUUCAUUUCUAGUAGUUGUCUUAAAAAUCAUGUUAUGAUACAUACGGGGGAAAAGCCUUAUACCUGUGAUUAUUGUGGUCGCUCGUUCAAUAGAUCAAAUGCUUUGAACAUUCAUCGGAAAAUCCAUACAGGAGAGAGGCCUCAUGUUUGUACGGUAUGUGGAAAAGGCUUUAUACAAGCACAUUGUUUGCAGUCUCAUAUGAAAACUCAUAAAGCUGUUUGAAGCAAAAUGGCAGCAUUCUAUAUAUAUUAUUUUAUACAUGUAAUUAAAUCUACUACUAUUUAUUUAGAUCAUAAAAAUUA